AUGGCGUGCAGUGGGAGCUACAGUGUCAACGUCUGCAAUUCUGACCAUGAGUACGUUUCCAUCUAUUUCCUAGUCGAAUCAGGUUCAUGGCUAGAGGGUUCUUUCAGACUCUUCUCCAAGUCCAAAGGUCCUGGCCAAAGGUGUUCUCCUGAAACCAUCGAGCUCGGAGUGUUUAGGGAAUGCUCGGGUAUAAAAUGUAAAUCUGUGUUCCUCACAGGCAGCGAGUCAACAAACAGCAGCCAAACGCUGGAAGAAGUGCCCAUCAGAAGGAAGAGCAGCUCGUUGCAGAGACACGACUGGUCAGCUGCCACAGUCAAAGUCCUCUCCUCGAUGCCUAGUCGUAAAGCCGGGUUCCAUAGCUCUGCACGUGUAAGAACCAGACGAUCAUCCCGGCUACAGCAACACCAGAACAAAAUAAACGAUUUUAUCAACGAGAGCGAUUCUGUGUUGACAGCGUCCACAGACUCGGCGGAUAAUGUGCUCGGUUCUGGCUUUUGCGGUGAUGAAGACGGUAAGGAUCCGUUGGUGUCAAGCCUGCAGGGCCUCUCUGUCAGUGACGGCCUGCGGAAGCUGCGAGGCACGCCGCUUCGCCUGGCAGACAAGAAGGAGAUCAGACGAGAGGCUUUCAGUCCUGCAGCUGAACGGAAACUGAUCAGGCGCAGCAUCCCGUUCUGCAGCCGUGCAUGUGUGUGCAUCUCAAAGGCGUGGCGUCAGUGUGCGUUCAGCAGCCUCUCCCUCAAGCUGUGGCAGUCGCCCCUGAAAAGGCUGAGCGAGCGUUAUGGGUCCGGAGUGCUCUCCUACUUCCUUUUCCUCCGAACACUCCUGUUCCUUAACCUCCUUCUUUUUGUCAUCACCGGCCUUUUCCUGGUCAGUCCUCAAGCCUUCCACCCUCCUCCUCAUAACUCACAGCCCAGUUCAUUCUCUGGCCUCGACCUUCUCACCGGCACGGGUUACCUUUCUCAGAGCUUGAUGUUUUACGGUUACUACUCGCACGUCACCAUUAAAACCUGCAUCGACCUGCGUUCCUGCAGCACAGAUGAGUCGCACACGAUGCUUUACAGCAUCCCAGCAGCGUAUUUCCUCACUAUUGCCGUUGCCUUCUUCAUUAUCUGCAUCAUCCUGGUGUACAGCUUGUCGAGGUCCUUCGGGAAAAGUUUCCAUGUCCUUAAGUCCAACAUGAAUUUGUCUGAAAAGGUUUUCUGCUCGUGGGAUUUCAAAGUCAGCAAGAAGUCAGCUGUCAGACUCCAGUCAGAGAAAAUCAGCAUCCAGCUCAAAGAGCAGCUGUCGGAGUUGAUCAGCGGAGAAGAACAGAAGAGCUGCAUGCAUCGAUUCUACUGCCUCAUCAUCCGUGUUAUUGCAUGGGUCAUAUGUCUGACGAGCAUCUUCCUCAGCACCAUGGUUGUCUACUUCUUGUCUGAGUACUCAGAGAAGCAGGGUCUCCAAGAUGUCGGACUGUUGCUCAUGUCUGCGGUGGUCUCUGGCUUCAACCUGUUACUUCCUGGCAUUUUCAACUUGUCUGCUUGGAUGGAGAAUUUUACCUCACCUGGUACAUGUGUGUAUGUCUCCAUCUUCAGGAACUUGUUAUCAAAGAUCAGCAUUGUGGGGGUUUUGUGUUACUACUGGCAGGACAAAGUUGCGGUGGAACCAGAAAGUCGACCUUUGCAGUGCUGGGAGAAUUUUGUGGGGCAAGAACUUUAUCGUCUGCUCCUGAUGGACUUCAUUUUCACGAUGAUUUACACCAUUUUGGGGGAAUUUCUCUGGAGGCUGUUCUCUAAGAAAAUCCUAUUGAGGAACAGGAAACCAGUGUUUGACAUUGCUCGAAACGUGCUGGAGCUCAUUUAUGGACAAACUCUAACUUGGCUUGGUAUGCUGUUUGCGCCGCUGCUCCCUGCGGUCCAAAUUGUAAAGCUGAUUGUGUUGUUUUACAUGAAGAAGAGCAGUCUGAUCGUCAACUGUCAGGUCUCCAAAAAGCCCUGGAGGGCCACUCAGAUGACAACAUUGUUCAUUACACUUUUAUGCUUCCCCUCAUUUCUUGGAGCAACCGUGGCAGUUGGGUAUACCGUUUGGAUGAUUAAACCCUCAUCAACAUGUGGCCCCUUUAGGAACCUAACCAGCAUGUUUCAGGCAGGAUCCCUGUGGGCCAACAAGCUGAAGAACUCUCACCUGGUUCUGGCCUGGCUCAUCUGGGCCUAUGACUCUCUGACACAGAAUCCUCUCUUCUUAUUUCUGCCCACUGGUGUCUUUCUACUGGUGAUAUAUUUUCACGUUCAGGUAGUUGACGGCCAAACAAAAAUCAUCAGCUGGUUAGAAAAGCAAGUUGAAAAUGAAGGAAUGGAUAAAAAGUUCCUCAUUGUGCAACUCCAAUACCUUCAUGAGCAGGGUUAG